GGAACUAUUUUUUUUUUUUAUGUUCAACAUGGCGGAGAGACGGACCACUGGAAAAUCACGCAAGUCCCCUAGAAAGAGUGUCGGUAAAGUACAGUUCAGUGAGGCAACUACUGAAGAUGCUGCAAAGAGGAGAGCGGCUCUGGAAAAUGCCAUUCGGAAGAAAAUCGAAACUGAGAAAAGGGCGCAUCAAAUUGUUGAACGGCUCCUUGAGAACAACAUCUCCGAGGAUUUCCUGAUGGACUGUGCCAAAUUUAUUUCUCCAUCGCACUAUAAGGAUAUAGUAGAAGAGCGAUCCAUUAUAAAGAUAUGCGGCUAUCCCAUCUGCAAAAACACCCUUGAAAACGUACCGAAACAAAAGUAUAAAAUAUCUACCAGAACCAACAAAGUAUAUGAUAUUACAGAAAGAAAGUGUUUCUGUAGCAAUUUUUGUUAUCGGGCAUCAAAGUAUUAUGAAGCACAAAUCCCCCAAACCCCGGUGUGGAGCCGAGAAGAAGAAAGUCUCUCCAUCAUUAAACUUCUCAAGGAGGGGAAAAGUGGCAGAUCCGGGGAGGAAGUCAAAUUAACCGAGAGACGCCUUAAAAUUUCAGAAGUCGAGAAACCCAAACAUACAAAAGAAAGCGGUGGUUCAUGCUCUGCCAGCAGUGAUGAAGACGUACCCGGACAGGCCUUUGUCUCCUCCAUUAUCCCAGUUCCUGAACUGAGUCCUAAGGAUGCAGAGUUACUACAGGACAGUGGUAAUGGUACACAGGAGGAGAAGACUCCACACAUUGAAGACAUAGACCAGAAGUUGGCAGACACAACGGCAAGAUUAAGUCAUUUUAAUUUCAACGACCAUGAAAAGACUUCUGAUCUACCAAGAGAUACUUCUGGGAAAUUAUCCCAGGAAGCCAGACAUAGGUCAGACGAGGUGGCCCAGUCUUCAGAAGCCACUGAGGUAGUUACUGAAGUGACUCGAAGAGCAGUAAGCAAAAGUGGUGCAGAGCAUCUACGAAAACUUCUGUGCAAAGCCAAGAGUCAUCAAGCAACCCCACAAGCCAAUGUUUGUCCUGUCGUAGUUAAAAGAAGUAUGCUGGAGGUCCUCACACAGACCUUAAAUGAAUGGAAAUCGGAAGAUACCAUGAAAUAUCUCUUUGGUACAGAUUAUGUAGUGGAACAUGAAAAAGUUGCCACCUCUACUGAGGCGCAGGAUCUGGACGAAGAUGAUUUAAUCUUAGACAAUGAUGACGUUGAGGAUUCUUCUAAUAGUGUCUCAACAUUGAAUGAGUGUUUGCCUUUUAAAAAUGAGGACAAUGUAUCAAAGCCGCUUCCUAAUUUUGGAAAGCUUAGAGAAGAAACACAAAUGUUAGAACUUCGAGUCAGGGAGUUUUUCGGAGGACAUUACAUAUUACCGGAAGAGGAACACAAGGAGACAGGGCCUAAGGAAGAAACCUCUUGGGCUCCACCUCUUCCUCUUGUGGAUUCAUGUUCCCAGCAACAAAUCCGCAGACGAAUUGUAAUAGAAAAGCUGAAAAAAGUUCUUCCAGCAAUACUGAUACCACUGAAGAUGGCGUACAGUGACAUAUCCAGAGAGCUACACGAUCUGGUCAAAACUUUCAGAUUUACAAAUACAAAUGUUAUUCGCACAGUUCCUGAAUGGUCAAUAAUUGCCAUCGUCCUGCUAUCUGUUUUAUUACCCACAAUGCCUCUUCACAAGGACUCCGAGCAGAAUCCACUCUAUACCCAGUUUGUAUCCAAACUCUUAGAAGAAUUGCACUUUCAAGAGGAAGACCUGGAAUGCUUAAAAAGAAGCUUUGCCAGCCAUACACUGUCAUUAUCUUCAGUUUAGUCUUGAUGAUCAUGGAGUACAACGAAAUGAUUAAAGGGCAUCUGUCAGCAGAUUUGUCCCUAUGACACCGGCUGACCUGUUACCUGUGCGCUUGGCAGCUGAAGGCAUCUGUGUUGGUCCCAUGUUCAUAUGUGCCCGCAUUG